GUGAGUCGAUUUGUCCGGAACAAGAAGGUCGCUUGCCUGCUCCUCCUGUGCCACCAUCUACAUCCUGACCUUUGGGAGCUGCAUUGGCAGACAAGAGCAACAUUCGCUGUGGCCUUAACGGAAGAUCUGAUAUCCAUCUUGACCUUCCCCAAAUGCAACUUUGCGGUGGCAUAUCAGGCGAUACCUCUUGAGUUGCAGAGUGGGAAAUGGCACCCCAAAAUACACAUGACAGUCUGGACCUGCGCCGCCGAAGCCGGACCGCCUCAGUGUUGAACGUGGAAGGUAGAACACAAAUAUCGCUCAAUUGUUCCUAAAGUUCUACCCGGGUAUUCCCGCCGCCAUAUCGACACCUUCCCUUUCGCGACCUCUGCACAAGAAUUCUCUUCACUAGGAAAGAGAGUGGGCAAGCUUACCUUAAUUGCCCUCCGAGACACCCAGAUACCUACCUCCAGAGGUUCAGACGCAUGGCUGUUACCCUGCGGUGGUAACCUGGUGAAGUACGUGGGUACCUCGAGCCCCCGAGGGGAAGCAUCCCUUUCGUGGACUUGAGUUGCUGUUUUGAACAAGGGUGAAGUUGUUUCUUGGAAUCCUGGAUUCAACGUGGCUUUCCACUGACAUAUUCUGAGACCUUUCUGCUAACUUUGUCCUUGAUGCUUGCCUACGAUGCACACGCAAAAUGUCCCUACACUAAGGUGCCAGCUAAGUACCCAGAAUUUGUCACCUUGGUAUUGCGAGCAUCCAUCCCCACCUACCAUCGACCACCAUCUUGGGUCUCUUGCGAGAAUGAUCGCCGUCAUUAAACUUUGGACUGCAUCUGCAGGGUCGCUUUGCAGCAACUUCGACCGUGACUGCACGGGUCCAAGCACUCGACCUUAAUAUCCACCCGGCCAGGGCGCUGGGACGAAACAGACUCCCGUCGACAGUGCUAUAAACAUCAAAUUGUAUGCAUACCCGAAAUCACGUCCAGUCACUCGGAUCUAUGAACACCUUGGUUACUCUCAUUGAAGAUGUCCGUGCCAUGCUUUUCAAACCAACCAAACAAGACAAUUCCCCUCGAAGUGAUGCGUCUUCAGCAAAAGGAUCAUGGCCACGGCGAUCGGGCCAAGUCUACACAGGGUGUUUGCUCUCGUGGUGUGGCCCGGAGGACGAGGUCACACGAAGCCUAUGAGAUUAAGAUGGACGUUAGACAGAGAGUGACCCCCUUGUUCUUUCUCUUCUUUUGAUUCCAUCAACAGCAUGUGCUUGCAAACCUGAACACGAAAAGGUCCGACAUGCUUCCGAAUCGAGCCUCGGUGUAGUUGCCUUGUCCGUCACAGGAGGCAUCGCGUACCACAACCUAUAUCUAAAAUCCGAGGCAAACAGAACACAACAGAAGGUACCACUCAUUCAAGGCGCACUGCUUUGCUGGAAGCGGGCCUAAGCUGUCCCGGCCGCAAGACCUAUCCCGGGACCCUCCAUGGGCAGGUCCACGAGAAAAGGCGUUCUUUCCUUUUCUAUUCGCGAGUUCCAUAAGUAGAAAUUGUUUCUGUUUGACAAUUAUCCUCGCCUCUCAUUCUUGGUAUCCGACCACUCCAACACAGUUGGUCGCCCGGCAUGGCGAUCAUCAAGUCUCUCGUUUUCGCAGGUCUCUUGACCGCUUCCACCGCAUUAGCACCGGUCGCCGUCGGCAACACGGUCCAAAAGGGCACAGCAUCGUUGACACAGGUGCACAACCCCAAGUUCGUACGCAACGGCCCACUUGAGCUUGAAAGAACACUGCGCAAGUACGGCGCGCCUGUUCCGCACGACCUAAAGGCGGCAGUCAAACGGGUUCGGAGAGCAAGAAACCAAAAGCGUGCCGAAAUCGAGGGAGCAGACGAUGACGAUGACGAUGACGAUGAAAAUGACAGAGGCAGCGUCCAGAACUCACCCAAGUCAUACGAUGUCGAAUACCUGAUGCCCGUUUCCCUUGGCACACCCGCUCAACAGCUCAACCUCGACCUUGACACGGGGUCCAGUGAUUUCUGGGUCUUUAGCACAUUGCUCAAGGAGAGCAUGAUCAACGGGCAGACUCUUUAUGACCCCAACGCGAGUACCACGGCGGACAAGAUGGAGGGAUACUCGUGGAAGAUCACGUACGGGGACCAGAGCUACUCGAGCGGGGAUGUCUACGUCGACACAGUCACCAUUGGUGACUUGACGGUGUCGACUCAGGCUGUGGAAGCAGCCAGGGAGGUCUCGGAAGAGUUCACAGCCGACUCUGACAAUGACGGCUUGGUGGGCCUAGGCUUUGGCAUCAUCAACACGGUGAUGCCCUACAAGCAAAAGACUUUUUUUGAAAAAGCCAUGCCCGGGCUUGACUCGCCGGUGUUUACGGCUGAUCUCAAGUCUGGCGCCCCUGGCCGUUACAACUUUGGGUACAUCGACGACGGGGCCUACACGGGGAACAUUACAUAUGUUCCAGUUAACAGCAGCGACGGCUUCUGGAGCUGGGUGUCGCCCGGGUUCCAAGUUGGCACGACGGGCAGCUUCAACAAUACACGCAUUCACGGCAUUGCGGACACGGGUACUACCCUGCUCCUUUUGCCCGAGGGCGUAUGUGAAGCUUUUUAUGGCCGGAUUGCCAGCGCCAAGUACGAUGCCUCUCAAGGCGGAUACACGUUUGAGUGUAACGACUCGACGACUCCCGACUUUUACUUUGGGACCGGGAACGGUCAGAUGAUCAGGAUUCCAGGCAGUUACCUCGCGUACUCGAAAAUCGACACCAGUAGUUUGAGGUGCUUCGGAGGGAUGCAGAGUGACAGCGGUGUCGGGUUUACCAUCUGGGGCGAUAUAGCCCUCAAAGCAGCCUUUAUCGUGUUUGACCAGGGGAGUGAGCGGUUGGGCUGGGCCGAGAAGUCUCUCUACUAG